CCCCGAGAGGACUCGUUCAAGAACAACCCAUCAUCACUACUGAGUCACACUUUGGCUUUUAGCUCAAGGCUGACAGAUCAGUCAACAUAUAAUGGUAAAUAAUUGUGUCGAGCACGAGUACGACUGUUUAAAAACGUUUUGAAUACAUCAGGAUUACGGGACUUUGGAUUUUACACAAAACAUCCGAUAAAACCUUCCACGGGAUGUUUCGCGUUCGGGAUAUCUGCUUAAUGACGAUCUUCUCCGUCUCGGUCGUGUUCGUCGGAGCUGAAGGAGUGUCAGAGCUCCCUCCAGCAAGUAACUUAAUCUUCAGUUGGGAAACACCUUUCACACUUUAUUUGACAUGGGAAAAACCAAAGGAUCUGGACCCAGAUUGCAAAGUGUACUACACGAUGAUCGUACAUCAUUCUCAGAACUGUUCUGAGAGAGCCAACAAUUUCCAAACCAGGAGAGUCCAAACUUCGUCCUACAAACUGAAUAUCGCCAAUGAGAAUGGACUUUGCAUCAGUGUUACAGUGGUCCCUGAAAAUUGUGGAAACAAAAACCGGAGUCAACCUUCGUACAUUACCCUCUCUCCACCUCCAGUGAUUCUGGUGAAAAACAGGAGCUUCGAGUAUUCCCACAACAGAUUGAAGUGCACAUGGCAUUCUGAUGUUGAUGUCCAAGACCUUGGUUUUUAUUACUGGUCACUUCAGAAUGACACAGUAAUAAAGUGCAAUGAGAUGAAGACUGGAGAAUGUGUCAUACACAAUACUUUCCUCAAGGAAAUGACACAGAUGUUCUACCUGUUCAAUGGCACUUAUAUGGGUAAACCUGUAUACAACACGUUCUUAGAUGAAGGUCCAAUACAUUUCGUAAAACUAAACAAACCUCAACUAACAAUCGAGAGAGUCGGCCAGUCUCUCCGUUUUCAAACACAUGUAUCAGAUUUAGAGUUUAAACCUCAUUGCUACAAAUUCAACUACACAUACACCAUGUGCGAUAAGAGAAUACAAACAAUGGUGACAGGAAAUAGCAACUAUGAAGUGGACUAUGACUCAAAGUGCGUAUACAGAGUCAGAGUGCAGAUCAUCUUUUCAGACAAAUGUGGUGCAGGAAAUAGUGACCUGAGUGACGAGGUGAAUUUUUGCAGGACGCACACUUGCCAGGAUUUCUGUAUUGCGUAAAAUAUCCAGGUGCACAGUGCAGAUCGAUCAUUGUAUGACAUUAUUUCAUGAGAGCUAUAGAGAGCAGAGCAGACGGCUUCUCUUGCUUUCAAAUCACUCUCGCUGUACUUCUGUGUCAUUCAGUGAUCGGUGCACAGCUCCGUGUCCCGUAUAAAUGGAACAUAUGGCCAUCCUAAAAAUGGUAUAUCUGGGCCUAAUAAUCUGCAUCAUAUUCAGCUAUAAUAAUCAUUCUUUGAUUAGAUUGUCUUAAUAUUAGGCAAAUAGUUAAUAUUUUAUGGAAAAAUAAUAUGAGGCCUGCAACAAGGUUAACAAUUAAAAAUAAUAAUAAUAAUAAUAAAUUAGUUUCUAGGACAAUCUUGUUGCACCUAAACUACUGAAUGGUAGUUUAUGUAUGAUUGCUUAAUUUCCUGCAAAUGAAAUGUGCUUUCUUCUGCUCUUAUGAAGUUCAGAGGGGGUGGUAAAACUAAUUAAACUGACGGUGUAAAAAUUAUUUUUUACUUUAUGAGUUGAUGUAGAUCACCUGUUCAACAUCAUAUUAACCUUCCCUUAAGACUGUAUUAGACAGGUACAGGUGGGGGGAACAUAUGGCUCUCAACAUGCUUUUAUUGUAAGAUGAUGUUUGAUUAUUAAAUCACAAAGUUAAGAAAAAGA